UCGCCCACCCCUAUCUGUAUUUGAAUUUACCAGUUUCAAGUUCCAACUAUUACCAUCUUCAUGGGUUCAGAGACAUUCCUAGAAAUCAUACUCGCCAUCCUUCUUCCUCCUGUUGGAGUCUUCCUACGUUAUGGCUGUGGAGUGGAGUUUUGGAUAGAUCUGUUGCUGACAAUAUUGGGAUAUAUACCUGGGAUUAUAUAUGCAAUUUAUGUGUUAGUUGGAUAGUAAAUGAAGAUGGUUUUGGGUUUUAAUUAGUGAAGUGUAAUAGGUGUGAUGUUGGGUAUGUUUAUUUUGGUGUAAAUAAAUGGAGAAUCUGUUCUUCUUCUUUCUUAAUUUAUGAUAAUAUGAUCAUU